UGCGCGGGAGGCGGAGGCGGGGGAAAAUGGCGGACGGCAGAGCGGAGGGGGAGAAGGCGAGGCGGCCGCCGCCCGCAGGAGGACCUGAAGAAGAGGCAGAAAAACCUGUGAAAACUAAGACUGUUUCUUCCAGUAAUGGAGGGGAAAGUUCGAGUCGCAGCGCAGAGAAACGGGCAGCUAAUGAAGAAGCUGAAGACUUUAUCACAAAGCCUGCCCCUGCCAAAAUGUCCAAGUUUGGAUUUUCCAUAGGCAGUCAGACAUCAAAGAAGGCAUCUGCAAUAUCCAUCAAACUAGCAGCAAAUAAGCCUAAAGAGCCCGUUCCAACCCUUGCUCCAAAAACCCUUUCUGUAGCAGCGGCUUUCAAUGAAGAUGAAGAUAGUGAACCAGAGGAAAUGCCUCCAGAAGCUAAGAUGCGUAUGAAGAACAUUGGAAGGGAUACACCAACCUCAGCAGGACCAAAUUCCUUCAAUAAAGGAAAGCAUGGGUUUUCCGACAACCAGAAGCUAUGGGAGCGAAAUAUAAAAUCUCAUCUUGGAAAUAUCCAUGACCAAGAGAAUAACUAAACAAUGUGGAUUGAGAUUUGGGUGUCUGGGGGGAGGGGAGGGUGUAACAUUAAAGGAACAGUCUCCUUUUUUAAGAAUGGUGUAAGACUAUCUUUGGAGCCACUUUUUUAAGAUUUUGAGUGGUACACUAAUAACUGAGUUUGAAAUUAGAGGUAAUUUAUGUUUUGUAUACAGAUCUCAAGGCGUUUGCUAAUUUUGUAGUUCCAUGUGAUUAGUUUCAAAAGGUUACAGAUAAUAAAGAAAUUGGAGUGGUACCUUUUUAAGAUUUUUUUUUUUUUUUUUUUUUUUUUUUUGUCAGUGAUUAAUUAAGGUGAAGGAAAAAGGUUACUGUCUCUUUAAUCAGGUUAACAUAGAGUGCUCUUGCAUUCUUAUUUCUGGCUCCCUCUUCCUAACAGGAGAAACAGUUGGCUCUUGGGAAUACUGCUAAAGAGUGAGCAUUGUCUUGUGCUAGAAGUGUUACUGGACUAUUCAUUUGAAUAAGAACUUAAACAGGAAACAUUAAGAACCUGGGUUUAUUUUUUUUCCCCUGCAGUUAACUUUUUGUUAAGUCUUUGCAAACUAGAAAUUAUGUUGCUCUGAGUGGCUCUGGUAACUUAGCUCUAAUUUUGUUUAAAACUUCAUGUAGGAUGUGUAACAUUCUGUGGCCUGUUUCACGCUGAGGAAAUGGGCCUUGUCUGUAUAUUAGAUACAGUCUGUAAAGAAUAUUCACUACAAGGAUAAGUCAGUAUUUUCAAUGUGCUCCUCUUAAGUCAUUAGCCUUCAGUAGUGCUUGUUAGCAUUUCCUUGUGAAUUAAAUAGAGACUAAUAUUAAAUGCAACAAUGAGUGGUACACAAAGGCCACCACCAGAAGGACAAGAUAAUGUACGUUAAGCUGCCCGUUUGGUUGAAAUAGUUUUCUUUACUAUGCCUAGAAGGAAUAAAAGCCACACCAAAAAUCAGUAACUCACUGCUUAAGUAUGAAAAAUCUUAAGAUGCACUUUCCCUGUCUUGCCAUGUAAAAAAAAAAAUGCCUUGAUGCCUGUGUCUUCAGUGGAUGCUAUCUGGUUUCAAAAAAAUCCUGGUUUUGCAGUCCUAAUGCGUGUAGUAUCAACUAGAAAUAAAACUCAUCCUCUUCCUGUCUGUCUGCCUUUUGCAGUAAUUUGGAAAAAUGGCAAAGUAACAGCUGCAACAAUAACAAAAAAGCUUGAAAAAACUUAAGGUUCUUUCUGAACUCCAAUUCCUGACAGCAUCAACAACUGCUUUCAUUUUAACCUGGAACUGAUGGUAGAGUUCGGUAUAUUAAUUGCUUUCAUCCUCUCUCUAAAGCCUUUCUUCAUGUUAAAUUUAAACCUGCAAGUGCAGAAAGGAAAGUGCAUCUUCAGUUGUAUUUUUUUUAUUUUAUUUUAGGAAAGCUCUGACCACUUAGACUUUUGAGUUUGUAUGUUCUAAAAAAAUAUUUUUUGUAUUUUUGUAUUGUAUGUGUAAUCUUUUUUCUUUUGAAGUCUGAUGCAGUUGAAUACCUGUAACUAUUUUCUUUAAAGGCCUUGUUAUAAACGUAACAUAAAAACGUAUACAUUAUUUUUUUUUCCAUAGCAGAAAUCUUUGGUUUAUUUAAAACAAAGAAACAAACAAAACAACAACAGAUAACCCAACCUGGGUGCUAUUGGAGCUUGGCAAGGCAAAAAGAAGCAUUUGCGUUUCACUUACUUACUACAUGUGGUUGUAUUUGUCCAAAGAAAUCCUUGAAGAUAGUAGGUAUUUUUAGUGAGUGGCUGUUUUAUCUUGCUUCUUAGCAGUUACUGGAUACAUUCUUGUUUUCUUCUCUUAGGAGAAAGCUAAAGGGGAUUUGGAAUAAGAGGGUAACAGCAAGACCUAUUCUUUCUUAAUUAACCCUGCUGUCUACCACGUCUUCCACUUCUUUGCCUGCAGCAGGUAUUGAUUUCAACAGUUUCCUGGUACUUAGAGGCAGAGCAGCACACUUGCUAGGAUGUAGCUUUUGUGGAAGUCAGAUAACAGUUUUAUAUUUGUCUGAUUUACUUCCGUGGUCAGUAAAUGUAAUUCCAGUCUGUGUGAGAGACUGCAAUAACUAAUAGAUCUGAAUUGAAGGUAAGCCGAAAUUCUGUCUCUCAAGUUCCUUCUCAGUGCUGUGUGGAAGAAAAUCAAAUCAAGAUUGCCUAAAUCCACUUGGGACUGAAUGUCUGACAGGCUCGAUCUAGUAGUUACAAAGGUGUCUGUUGUCUGAUGCAAAGAAGAACUGAUCUGAGAAGUAUGGUUGAGGAGAAUGUUAGCUGGAACUUCCACUUGGAGUUCUGGGCUUCCUCUGCAAUAUUCAUUGUCUGAAUAUAGUAGUAAUAAAGGGGAAGGCUAUAUAUUUCAGGGAUUCUGUUUGUUUUUUGGUAAGAAUAUUAAAGAAUUCUAAAAUUAAUUGUGAACUACCUGAUUUAGCUGUCCGAAGUUCUUCAAGGGCAUUUGCAGAGAAUUUAGCUGCCUUGUAGGGAGAUGUGGUUGACUGUCAGUAGUUGAAAUGUGUUAUCCACACAACGUACACUUUUAACUCAGAAGGCUUAUGCUUGCUUAGCAGUAAAGCUUUACUUAGCACCUGAGAAGCUUGUAAAACAUUUAAGAUGUAAGGUGAAGGCAGAAAUAAUUAUCCGGUAACCUUUUCCAUGCCUAAACCGCAUUUGAACCUGCUUUGUGGCUGGGAUGUUGGUGUAUCCAAGCUCAUUUAACACUAAUUAUACAAAAGAUAAUGAGUGUAGGCAGCUACUGGUAGCGUUUCAAGUGUUGCUGGUGCAGCCCCUCAGUCUCGAUUUCAUUCCUUUGAAAAUGUGAGAAGCGUACUGUCCAGAUUCUCAGAAUCUAUAUUUAAUCAAGCAGAAGGAAGUAUGAAGCUGUCUGUCUGUAAGGUAACAGAUGAUGCUCUUUUAAUUUUGUCUGUUUACUUCCUUGUAGUAGGUUACGUAACUACGGCACUCAGACAACUUUGGCAAAAGCAGAUGUUAUGUCAUGGCAUCCUCACCCUGGCAGCAGACACAGUUGCAUUCAGGCCUGUUGUACUUCAUCUCUGCUAGGCCUGUGAUUCUUAGAGCACCUCCUUGUCAGAACUGACAUGGCUGUGCUGAGUUCUGUAUGCUGCAAGUGCUUUUGUCAAAGCUUGGGUUGUGAGGAAGCCCAGAAGCUUUUACUGCCUAACAGAGUUCUUUCACUCUGAUACGUGUUUGAAUCUUAAAAACGACACUGUGUUUACUUCGGAAAGCUACUUGUUAAAUAACAAGCCAUUGCUUCUGGGUGGAGGCAUGGAUAUCUAUACAAUUAGAAGCAUGAGCUUCAGGUUACAUUUUAACCUUAAUGUAGAACUUAUUAAAUGUCUGUGAAUUUCCAUUUCUAAAUUAAAGAGUGAUAGGAGCCCGAGCAGAUUUAGGAACCAAGUAAACCUUUAAAAUUUAGCGUGCAUUCAUUCUGCAGUAUAAAUAGAUAUGUGCCAGCUUCCCUUCAGGGUAGGUAGAGUAGGUAAGGGUGGCAGUGACUGCCACAGCUAGCAACUGCAAUAUAAACUAUCUGAUAAAGUUGUGUGCAGUGAGAUCUUGAAAACCUUUGCUCAUCUUUGACCUCAGAGCUCAUGCCUCAUGCCAUUUCUUAAAUUCAGUUCCUUGGAUUUCAUAGUGAAACAGAUGCUGAAAUUUCAGGCCGUGAGCCUAUGUUAAUACUUUCCUUGAAGUACAAAUAUAUUAAUCUAAGGCAAUGCAAGUCAUAAUAAAAAUACAGUUCUCCUUU